GUCUUCUCUCUGAAGAGUGCUGAACAUGUAGAGAUUGCAGUCAUUCGUCACAGCUAGAGAAGCAUGAAGACACCUAUAACCUUUGCUGUUUACACUGCAUGCCUUUUCAGGGUUGUGAAUGCUGCUCAAGAGAUGACUUCAAACCCCUCAUCUUCAUAUUUUAUAUCUGUUCAUUUUGGAGAAAGUGUGACUUUGCCAUGCGUCUGUCAGAACAAGGGAAUGAUGAUCUUCUACUGGUAUAAGAAGACUUUGGGACAGACAUCAGAUCUGAUGUCUACGUUCUAUAGGCAUGCUAAUGUCACCUUUCACGACCCAUUCAAGGACAGUCGUUUCUCUCUGGACACUAAAGACCUGAAAUAUCAUCUGACCAUUUCUGAGUUUGGGCCCUCAGAUUUAGCAACUUAUUUCUGCAUAGGGAGCACCUUUAAUCUGUUUGAAUUUUGUACAGUUAUAACAGUUAAUGCAAAGAAUUUUGAUUUGGAUAUCCGAGCCAAUGUUUAUCAGUCGGUGUCUGAGCACACUCGGCCAGGACACAACUCAUUCCAGACGUGUACAAUAAACGCUGCGACCUGUGAUGGAGAACACAGUGUUUACUGGUUCAGAAACUCUGAGGAAGCUCAUCCAGGACUCAUUUACACCCAUGGAGGCAGGAAUGAUCAGUGUGAAAGGGAGCUUCAUGUACAAACUCCCACCUGUGUCUACAAUUUGCCAUUGAGGAGCCUAACUUCUGCUCAGGAUGGGACUGACCACAGUGCCGUGGUAUCAUGUGCACACAUACUGCUUGGAGACGGCACUAAGCCAGACUUGAAGGAUUCUCAUGUUCUGCUGUUCAUUCUGGCCUCAGUGUUGGCUGCUACCGUCCUCCUGAUCAUUUUAUCGGCUUUUUCUCUGUAUAAGAUGAAACACAGAUGCUGCUGGUGUACAGCAGAUUCAAGCCCAGGUACAACGUUAUGUCGGGACACAGACGACCUUCAGUACGCUGCCCUGAGUGUUCACAGAGCCAACGGAUCCAGAAGACUGAAGGAUGAAGAUACAGAUGAUAGUGUUUACUCCUGUGUAAGGCAGUGAAGCUAGGAGGUGUAAAAGACAGACUUCAAUACCAGUUGUGUACCACUGUCUGUUUGCUUAGGGAACUUCUACAAUCAUUAAUGACCGUUUUUGCCACAACAUAAAAGGUUUUUGUUCCCCUUAAGAUAAAGCAGUAAAAGAUAGAUUUUUGGAUGAGGCUAGCUGUGUUUGCUGAUGAUAUGGUGCCAUCAUGUUAGAGGAUGCUAAAGCUAAGAUUAACAUACAUAUAGGCUGUAAAUGCUGUCAUGCAUGUUUGAUAAGAUACAUGCUUUCUUUUACCUUAAAGGUUUUCUGAAAAUUUAAAGAGUAUUUGUAGUAAGUGGCAGAAGCUGCUAAAGCUGCUCGUCUAAUCACGUUCAUUUGAAGUUCGUUGUUUUAUCCAGAGAAACCUGGAUCAUGAAGGCAGCAGGACCUGUGAAUGAAACCUCCAACCUUUUGAUCAAAAGGAGAAUUCCAUCUCCUCCAAUCUACUGAUCCAGUAAUUCCCAACAUUUUUUCCUUAGAGCGCCCCCUACUUGAAUCUGAGAAAAGCUAAGCCCCCCAGGAUGCACUUGGAAAAACUAAACAUAAUGGUUGUCAUUGACAAAAUCCCAGCAUCGUGCAGGUGUCAGGUGUCCUUGCACCUGUUCUUGCCAACAGAUCUAUUUAUAAACUAUCCGUUAUUAUGACGGUGUAUUAGGGCCACUCUAAAGAUUUAAACAUGAAGAGGAUCUGAAUUCAUACAUUUACCAGAACCUAAACUUUGAAUUUCUGGGAUUAUAAAGUCCAGUAUAGUUAAUUUUGUGGAGGAAAUUCAGACCACAUGAAGUUGAGGUCAGAGGUGUCAGGUCAGGUAUGGGAGCAAAUACCGUGUACCUCUUGGUCCUGCACUGCUGCAGCCGCCUGAGUGCCAUCAUCCAGGCCUGCUCCAGACCCAUGCCCCAUCUCACCAGGUCCCACUUGGACUAAGAUAUUUCUGCAAACUGGGGCUAUCCAGCCACUGGUUUUGUGUAAGUUUACAAAUUUAAAUUGCCAUGAAUUUAUGAUUUUAAAAACUUAAAGUCCGGCUUCUUUUAAAUGCACAGUUUUGUCAUUUAUUAGGGUGGCCUUAAUAUGCAUUAUGUUUCUUAAAGUAACAGUAUAUAUUAAUAGUUAUAGUAUAAUCAAGUACAGUAUAUAAACACCUGAGAUCUUGUGUGACCCCCUAGGGGUGCCCAAACCCCAGGUUGUGAACCAACAUUCUUAUCAAACAUCCACAGAGACAAAAAUCCCUUCUGACUGCACAAGAACCUUACAUUUAUAAUAAAUGAGCACUGAGGAGAAGCAGCAAGGCUACAUUUAGGAAAUCUGCUGCUUAAGAGUACAAAAAGACAAAUUAAAUUCUACUGGAUGUUUGCAGUAAUAAAAAAUAGUAAUAAAAUCCUGUUCAACUAAAAAUAGAGUAUGUAAUCUGAUCAUAAUAAGUCCA